AUGGUCCAGACGGCCACCGUUGGCAUCAUCUCAGCCUUGCUCGGUGAUCUGGUCAUCUUUGCCUUGUUUAUCCUCCAGAGUCGAUCUGCCGUGGACAAGAACGAGUGGAACGCGCGUGAGAAAACAAAGAUAUUGAUGAAGUGGCGAUGCAAGUCGUUUGUGUUUUGGAGCGUUUGGAGCUGCCACGCAGGCUUCAGCAUCAUCUAUGUUCUGCUCUUCCUUGCGAACGUCAGCCUGCAGGAUGCCAUCAAAUGGUUGGAAAGCUGUUGUGUGAGUCUCGUGCAGGAUCUCAUCCUUGUCCCGCUGGCCGUGGCAUUGAUUCUGGCCACACUGGCCAGUUUCGCAAUCUGCUGCAGUCGAAAGGUGCAACACAAGAUCGAGAACGACUGGCUUGCGGAUGAAGAGUCAGAGCAGGAUGACAACGAAGACGAGCUGGAGGAUGAGGCUUCAAAAGGCAGAUGGAUCGAACCAGGGGAUGUGGAGGAGGUGGAAGUGGCCAGCGAGUCUUUGGUCUCUGUGACCUUGGCUGACGAUCCGGAGGAGCUCCACUCCGUCGAGCUGGGAAACUCCCAGGCAGGCUUGAGAGACAGUGCACACAGUGAAGCUGCUGAAGAGCAGAGAAGAUCGGCAUCAGCUGUCUUGAUUGAUCCGGAGGACGACUGUACAUCAAUUUAUUCCGAGCAUUAG